AAAAAAUAAAUUUUAAUAAAAUAAAAUAAAACAUAUUUGAAUUUUUAAAAGUGGAGUGUUAAUGACUAAAAUUAGCAUUUCACAAAUAAUGCGAAAUCGGUAUCUGGAAACUUUGAAAGGCGCAUUUUCUGAUUACCUUUCUUCACUAUUUUUAAUUUUCAUACAAAUAUCUUUUUCUUAAUAAUUAUAUUAAUCGCUUUCAUAUCAUAAAUAUUUUGAUUGUCAUUGCCUUGCCAAAAAUGGACGAUUUCGAAGACUUAGAUUUGGAUUCACUGAUGGAGCUAUUAGAUGAUGAUACUUCGGUACCUUCAGAAAAACAACCAUUUAAAGAGGGUAAAAGUUUAGAAGUUGAAAGUAAAGAAGUACCUACAGUAAAAAGUGUUAGUAGAGUAUUGAAAGAUGUACCAUUAGAAUUUCCUUCAGAAGCAACAAAUUCAGUUUAUAUCUCAACUAAAUCUAAGAUAGAUAGCUUAGGUAAUGACAGUAUGGAUGAUGAAAGUGAAGCAUAUCUCUCAAAAGAAGGCAAAGAACUGCAAAGUAUAAUUUCUGAAGCUUCUAAAAAUUCAGGCAAAAGUUUUUUUGCAUCUGCCAAUCAGAAAAGAUCUUUGACUUGGAAAGAUUCUGCCAAAAUGAACAAAAAUAAUUCCAAAAGUGCAGAAAAAUGUUACACUGACAGUUAUUCUGGCAUACGUAUUGUAGAUCCAUUGAUUUCCUUUGAUAUGAUGCAGAAACGAAUGGAAGGUCGAAGGUUGAUUAAAAUGUCUUUCAUUAAAAAUUUCAUCAAAGGAGGUGAUAUUGAAGGAGACUGGGUUACUGUCGGAAUUCUUAUUAGUAAAUUGCCCCCCAAAACGUCUAAAAGUGGAAAGAAUUUUUCAAUUUGGAAAAUGAGUGAUCUUCAUGAUUGUGAAAAAGUAGUUACUAUGUUUUUGUUUGGAGCUGCUCAUGCAGAACAUUGGAAAAUGACAGUUGGUACAGUUAUUGGCUUUCUUAAUCCAUCUCUUAUGCCUGAUAAUAAAGAUAAAAAUGGGAACAUGACUCUUUCGAUUGAUCAUGCUGGAAAAUUGAUGCAAAUGGGCAAAUCUAAAGAUUUUGGCCAUUGUAAAGGCAGAAGAAAGGAUGGAACCACAUGUACAGUCCCUGUAAAUGUAUCUCAAUGUGAAUACUGUGUCUUUCAUGUAAAAAGAGAGUAUCAGAAGUUCAGUGCCAAACGAAGCGAACUGCAAGCUUCAUAUUCUGGAAGAGAGCCAAGCCUUAAAAAUAAAAUUUUGAAGAAACAAAAUAUUAUCUAUGGUGGACAGAUGUUUACUCCAGCUGAAAAAAGUAAGAGGACCACUAAGCAAAUAUCUUCAAAAGACAAACUUACUCUUAUGAAUCUUGGUUUAAAGAGAAAAGCAGAGGUAAUUGAGUCAGAAGGAAAAAAUAAAGGAAUAAAAAAGUUAACUGAACUUUAUGGUCCCGAAAUCUUGUCAACUGCAGAAAAAAAUUCAGAAUUCAUAAACAAUCAAUUAGCAUUACCAACAGUAGGAUCAAGAAAUCUACUACAGCAUAUCAUCAAAGAAAAGGCCAAAAAAGAAGGAGAAAAUGUUAAAGAAGUAACAACUAAGGAUUUGUUAAAAAUGAGAGAUAGUUAUAAAAAUAUUCGAAGCCCCAAUCAAAGACAAAAUGAUAGUAUGAUUAUGAAAAAUCUUGUUCCGGAACUUGGAAGAGGAUUACAACCUGGGCAGUCUGUUAGUUUAGAUUUUUCCUUAUCAAAGAGACCUAAGUUUUGUUCUGUACAAGAUCUUGCAAAGUUGAAAGCUAUCCAAAAAAUUCAAGACAAAGGACCAAUAAAGCGUCAAGAUCCAAAUUCUGUAAAAACUUCAGCUGAUAUCUCAAUGAAGGUCCAAGCUGCCUUAAAUAAAAGCAUUGAUGAACACAAUGAUUAUGUUGGGGAUGAUGAAGAAAUUGAUAUACCAAAGAGCCAACUUGGUGAAAUUGACAUAAAUUCUGAAAAAAUAAAAGCAAUAUUGAAUCGAAAAUCUAGUCAUGCAUAUGAAGUAGAAGUGGCAGAAAUUGAGAAACAAGAAAGUUACUUUAGUGCUUUAGAAAAAAAGGAGCAAAUGGAGGAAAAAAUGGCAUCAACUACAGAAGUUGUUUGUGAUGUUGUCUCAUGUAAACAAUGCAAAUAUACAGCUCAUCAUGCUACAGAUAGGUGCAAAGAUCGAAGACAUCCUUUGAAACGCCACAAAGCGAUUAAAAGAUUUUUUGUUUGUAAGGACUGCAAAAAUAGAAGUUGUUGCUUCACAAAAUUACCUAAACGACCAUGCCGGAAUUGUGGUGGAUCCAACUAUGAGCGUACUAGCAUGAUAAAAUUACGAGCUGGGCCCAAAUUGGAUUCUGAAACAUUGAAGAUUCGUGGAGAUGAAAUAAAAUUUUUAAAUUGAUUCCUAAAGCUUUUUAUAAAAGUAUUUUAUUGGC